UGGUGUGCAGCAUUACAGGCGUAGAAGAAGAAACAGAAGACAUCAUGGAGGAAGUGCCGCUGAGUCACACAGCUCACCCGGUUAAGUAGCAAGUUUUAGUUGAAAUAUAUAAAUUCGACUACCGUUGUUAGUUGUAUCCUACCUAUGGCGGAGUUUGGUGAGAGAAACGGCCGUGAAGCUGAAGAACACGACGGGACACAGAUCAGAGAUGUCCUGGAGCCUGUGUGCGGGACAGGUGAUCCCACGGUAACAGUCCCGCGGGGACUGCGGUGCUCUAAUCCUGAGCGCAGGAAAAAGUUAGUCCUUCAUGUAGACCUGAACAACACCAUACUGGUGUCGGACUCUGUGAUAGCUCAAGGGACGGUAGCUGCCCUGGAGCAUUUCCUCUCAACUGUCACCUGGGGAAGGAUGAGCAAAGGGAAGUGGGAAUGGCUGAGUGGCUCCCCCUCCCUGCACCCCCCCUGCGAUGGUGCUGUUAGCUACCACUCUCAUUUUGGACGGACGGCAGGUUUCUCCUCCAAUGUGGGCCGACGUUUCCGAGGGAUUCUGGAGGAGCAUCUGAAUCUGCUGCGCUGGCCCGAGGGCACCAAGGGAGACAAAGAGCUGUCUGUAAAGGGUGAGGGGGGGCACCUGUACCACUGGAUCCUGCCCUCCUUCUUCCAGCUGCUCACAGACCUGGUGCAGGAGGGACAGGAAUUCGCCAUUGUUUUCCGUUCCUUUGGAAACGACCUUCCUCGUGUGCUGAGUGCUGUGUCAAGGGCUCUGACUGAAGGCGCUCACCCCCUGUUCCCAGAUCUGCCCAAACUCAAG